AUGUCGGAACGGGGCAAUGGCCGUGGCCUGACAGCAUUCUGGGCCGUCUAUCUUCGAGCCGAGAUGAGUGAUAUCCACGGUGAGAACAUGGCGCUUGCGAGAGACCAACCGACCACUUUUCAAACACCAACUCCCUCAGGGGAUCAGCGCUUGAACUCUGCAAAUGUGGCCAUCAUAUUUGGAACACCGUGCGCUAUGCAAAAUGGCUUUUCACAGCUUAGUCCUUGCUGCAAAAAAGAGGAUUCUGCGAACGUUGUAGGGCACUGCCACAUCCGAACGUCCAGUCCAAUUUCCCACGAAGCAUCUACUCAAGUAAUGCGAAUCUCAUUAGAGAAUCUUGAAAACACUUAG